AAAACACAUGGUUAGCGGCAGAACGGUUAUGUGAAGAGCGGAAAGCGGCCGCAAAUUGAUGAGCGGCACAGUAUUAAUUGAAUUUAAUCAAAUCGAUUCGGAUGACAACAAUGGAGGAGUUUGCCGAGUAUUAUGGAAUGCCCAGCUGGAGCGUGACGAAUGCGUUUCGCGUGCUCACACGCAAGAAGCCCCUGGAGGACUCCAACGAAUCCAAAUUGGCCAAGGUAUUAUCCGCCUUCGAUCUCACCGCCUUGGGAAUCGGCUCGACUUUGGGCGUGGGUGUCUAUGUCCUUGCUGGCGAGGUGUCCAAGCAAUAUGCAGGUCCUGCAGUGGUCGUCAGCUUCCUAAUCGCUGCCAUCGCCUCGAUCUUCGCCGGACUCUGCUAUGCUGAGUUUGGAGCCCGGGUUCCGAAGGCGGGAUCGGCGUACAUCUACAGCUAUGUGACCAUUGGCGAGUUUAUCGCUUUCCUCAUCGGCUGGAAUCUCAUUCUCGAAUACGCAAUUGGCUCCGCCAGUGUCGUCAAGGGUUUAAGCACCUAUCUCGAUCAGCUCUGCGGCAAUCCGAUGAGCAGUUUCCUGGGCACUCACAUGCCCAUCAAUAUCGAUGGGAUGGGAGCCUAUCCUGAUCUGUUCGCCUUCGUGGUUACUAUUUUGUUCUCCCUGGCCAUCGCCGUGGGAGCCAAGGAGUCCACCAGGGUGAACAAUGUCUUCACCAUGCUGAAUUUGGGGGUUGUACUUUUUGUGAUCAUCGCUGGGCUUUUCAAGGUUUCCAGCAGUAACUGGUCCAUUCCAAAAUCUGAGGUACCUGAGGGCUACGGCAACGGCGGAUUCAUGCCCUAUGGAGUUUCCGGAAUUAUCAAGGGAGCUGCGGUGUGUUUCUAUGGUUUCAUUGGCUUCGACUGCAUUGCCACUGCCGGGGAGGAGGCCAAGAACCCGAAGAAGUCCAUUCCAUUUGCCGUUAUCGUUUCGCUGGCCAUGAUCUUCCUGGCCUACUUCGGAGUUUCUACAGUCCUGACAAUGAUGCUGCCCUAUUUCAUGCAGGACGAGAAGGCACCUCUACCUCAUGUCUUCCGCAUAAAUGGAUGGCACGUGGCCGAAUAUGUGGUCAGCAUUGGAGCGAUGUUUGGACUCUGCUCCAGCAUGAUGGGUGCUAUGUUCCCGCUGCCAAGAAUCGUGUUCGCCAUGUCCAACGAUGGACUGCUGUUCAAAUUCCUGGGAGACAUCAGCGAAAAGUACAAGACUCCUUUCAAGGGAACCAUGAUCACUGGCUUGCUCACGGGCAUUCUGGCCGCCGUUUUCAAUCUCAGCCAGCUCGUUAACAUGAUGUCCAUUGGAACACUCCUGGCUUACUCCAUGGUGGCCAGUUGUGUCCUCAUGCUGCGCUACGAGGUUGACGAUCGUCGCGAAAGUCGUAUUGUGGCAAAUGGACGAGCCAUGGUCCUCGAGGAGGAUCGUCCCUGCGGCCUCUGGAGGCGGAUUUUUAACCUCAAUGGUCAGAUGGUGCCAACCAAGCAGACUUCCAGGAUUGUUACCUACAGUGUGACUCUGUUCUCGCUGUGGUGCAUGGUGUUCUCGCAGAUCCUGACCAAGUUCGAGGAGGAUCUGGGAAACGUGACGUCUUUCGAUGGUGUUAAGCUGGUGCUGGGCACCGUACCCCUGGUCCUGCUGCUGCUCAUAAUUUCCCGCCAGCCAACUUCGGGAGUGAAACUGUCGUUCAAGGUGCCCCUGGUGCCCUGGCUACCCGGAAUUUCCAUUCUGAUCAAUAUCUACCUAAUGAUCAAGCUGGACAUCCUCACCUGGGUACGCUUCAGUAUUUGGAUUGCCAUUGGACUGGCCAUCUUCCUGUCCUACGGCAUCCGACACAGUCGAUUAAGGCAGCGGGAGCAGCGCAACAAUUCCAUAGCCAUGAUGCGGGACUGCAGCAACUCAGCUCUGUUGGGCGGCCAGGAGAACUCCAAAUACGGCAACGAGGUGCCCCUGAUAUUGAUGCACAGUACAUCCUAGGAGUACUUUGAUAUUUAUUUAUGCUAUACAUUUAUUCUUUGCCUGCAAGAUACGCGACGCGACCCGCGAUUCUCAUCACCCACAUACUCACCUAUGUAAUUUACACAUGCACCUAGCCUCAUACCGUAAAAUAGGACACCAAAAACUAUGAAAAGUACAAUAAGCUAGCUAAAAGCAAUAAACACGAAUAUUCUUAUGCUA